GGAUCUGAAUUGAUUACCAGUGAAUUCGAAAUGAGCCAAAUUUCAGUGAAGUAAAAAUGGCGGAGAAGCUUCCGUGGGGAUUGCGGAACGAGCGCAUUGCGCCCGGGUCUAUGAAGACCAUCUCCCAAAAUAAAUUGAAAGCCUUCAGUGUCGGUCAGAUGAAUCUUGGGAAGAAACUUUCCAAAAGAGCUGAAGAAGAACAGAAGAAAAAGGCACAAGAGAAGGAGGCUGCCAAGGUAUUUGAAGAGUUCGUAGCGUCGUUUGAAGACUCUUCUAACCUGGGCAAGACGUUUGUGAGAGGAUCAACAAUAAAUCCAGACUUGAAAGAGGAAAAAUCUGAUCAGAAAGCUGGCAAGUUAUACAAACCCACGACCAAGGUCUCUGAGACUAUCCUUGCGAAAAAGCAGAAAGAAAGGGAAGCAGCAGAAGCCAGAGCCGAAAGAGAACGAGCAGAAAAAUUAGAUUUUUCGAAGAAGAAGAAAGAAAAGGAGAAGUCCAAAAGCAACUUGGAACUCUUCAAAGAAGAACUCAAAGUAUUGCAGCAGGCAAGGGAAGAGCGCCAUCGCUUGAAGAAAGAGAAAGGACAUCAUGAUAUCGACAGUCACCAUGAGCCGUCGCACUCAUCGUCGGCUGAUGUCAGGGUGCCAGCUGGAAUGGACGAAUAUUCCUACGGUUCCCAUGACUAUGGAGACCCAUCCACAACCAAUAUCUUCCUGGGUAGCAUCAACCCCAAGAUGGAUGAAGAGAUGUUAUGUGAGGAGUUUGGUAAGUACGGCCCGCUGGCCAGCGUCAAGAUCAUGUGGCCUCGGACAGACGAAGAGAGAAGUCGUAACCGUAACUGUGGCUUUGUGGCCUUCAUGACACGCAAGGAUGCCGAGAGAGCCAUCAAAGCCUUGAAUGGGGUGGAGUUUAUGAACUACGAGAUGAAGCUCGGCUGGGGGAAGGCCGUACCGAUCCCGCCCAAUCCCGUCUACAUCCCUAAGGCUAUGCUGGACCUCACCAUGCCACCGCCACCCUCUGGGCUCCCCUUCAACGCUCAGGCCAAAGAUAAGAAGACGAAGCUGCCUCAGCCCAAUCAGCUCACCACUGAAGAGGACCCCGAACUCUUGAAGACCUUAAAAGAGGCAGUUGUAAAAGUGGUAAUCCCGACCGAAAGGCCUCUGCUCUUGGCAAUCCAUCGGAUGAUCGAGUUUGUCGUCCGAGAAGGUCCCAUGUUUGAAGCCAUGAUCAUGAAUAUGGAAAUGGAGAAUCCUCUCUACAGAUUUCUCUUUGAGAACCAAUCGCCAUCUCAUAUCUACUACCGCUGGAAACUCUAUUCAAUCCUUCAGGGAAACACCAUUGGCAAAUGGAGGUCCGAGGAUUUCCGGAUGUUCAAGAACGGUUCAAUAUGGCGCCCGCCUCCCAUCAACCCAUACACCCAGGGCAUGCCAGAGGAGCUGGCCCCUAGACCUGAACCAGCUAAGAAAGGAUCCUUGACAGACAGUCAACGAGACAGAUUAGAAGACAUGCUGCGAGGCCUAACCCUGGAAAGAUCCAAUAUUGCGGAUGCCAUGGUCUUCUGCCUGGAUCACGCCGAAUCGGCCGAAGAAAUCGUCGAGUGUAUCUCCGAAUCGCUGUCAAUCUUGGAGACACCCAUUCAUAAAAAGCUGGGAAGACUCUUCCUGAUCUCGGACAUCCUGUUCAACACCAACACCAAAGUGGCCAAUGCAUCCUACUUCCGCAAGUACUUUGAGGUCAAACUGCCAGUGAUCAGCAUGAACCUGAGAGACGCUCACCUUAAUAUUCAGCAGAGACUCAAAGCAGAACAAUUCAAGCAAAAAGUGAUGGCGUGUUUCCGAGCAUGGGACGAGUGGACCAUCUAUCAGUACGACCUUUUGGUGAAGCUACAGAACCUCUUCCUGGGCCUGAUGCCACUGACUAAAGAUGACGGCGAAGAAGAGGAUGUACCCCAGCAAGCAAUCUCAGUGGAAAUGCUACAACGAGAAACCGCUGAGCCAGAACAAUCAGACCUAGACGGCGCCCCCUUGAGAUACGACGAGAAUGUAGACGGGGAACCAAUAACUGUAGAGGACAACGGCAGGCCAGACCUAGAUGGGAUGCCGUUAAAGGAGGACAUGGGCGGAGACUUGGAUGGCAUGCCACUGGAGGGGGGUGAGGAUUACGACGGCGCUCCAAUAAAAGAUGACAUCGAUCUUGACGGCACUCCAAUAGCUGAGCCACCUAAAGAGAAGAAACCAGUCGGAGGAUUCAAGGUGGCUCCCUCCAAGUGGGAGACGGUAGACGCGUCGGUCUUAGAAGCUCAAGCCAUGACGUCCUCUAAGUGGGAGUUGCUUGAGAAAGACGAGGAGGAAAGCACAGGCAAAGAUGAAGACGAGGAUGAAGACAGCAGAGGUCAAGAUGAUGAAGAUGCAGAGGGAGAUUGGCAGGAGGAGAGUCCCGAGAGAGAGACGUCAUCCCAAGACAUUCAUCUCAAGACGACAGAGAUGACUGAAGAGAGAAGAGCAAAACUCCGGGAAAUAGAGGUGAAGGUGAUGAAGUUUCAGGAUGAUCUUGAGGCAGGCAGACGGAGUCGCAAACACGGUUUAUCUAUCCAGGAGCAGGUGGCCAAGUACAGGGCCAAGCUGCUGCAAAAGGAGCAGGAUAAGGAGAUUGAGAAGCAGAAGGAUCGGGAGAAAGAGCGACAACGAGGGAAGAAGUUGGAGAGAAUCCGCGAGUUUGAGCGUGCCCGUGAACGCGAGCGGGAACGCCUCGGCCGCGUCUCGGACGAUUCCGGAGACGAGACCCCUUCCUCAUCGUCACGUCGUGAGCGCAAACGACGUCGCAGCCGGUCAGCGAGCCCCAAGCGCAAUCAGUCCCCGUCCCGUUCCCCGGUGUCCGAGGGUCGACGGUCUGGCCACAUGGACCGGUCCCCUCUCUCCAUCAUCAGAGAUUAUUCCGACUCGCCGACUCACAAGUCUAGAUCCGGAUCCCCUAAGAGAACCUCUUCGCGUCGUCGCUCACGUUCCCCGAGAAGAACACACCGGUCACGGUCGCGAUCACCACGACGUUCUCGCAGGUCAAAGUCAAGAUCAGGUUCACCUUUUAGGUCCCGUAAGUCGCGGUCGCGAUCCCCCGGCAGGCAUUUAAGCUUAUCAGCAUCCCACAAGAAGAGAAGGAGAUGAGAACCCAUUCCCUUUUUGUACAGUAACUGCCUUUUCUUAUGUAGAAAGUAAAGUUCACCAUUGCAUUCUGUUAAAUUGAAUGUAGUACAAUGUACAUGUAAAUCACAAUUCAGUGUUUACUUUGAUUUUCCUUAUCUAACUGGUUGGCUGUCAGCUUAGUGCUUUUUUUAGGUGUCAAAAAAAAAUUUCAGAUUUUGUCGCAUCAACAUUUCAUACAUGAUACCCAUGGGAUAUGAGUUUGGUUUAAUUACGAUCACAAAUAUGAUGUAUCAUUCAUCAUGAUGUAAUAUCAUUAAUAUAUGUCGUUACAAACAAAAUUGUUGUAUCAUGUGAUUGCAUACUGUAAUUUCAGUGGUCUGGGACGGCUACGUGUCUGGACAAUAAAAAUGCAUGUCACACACUGAAGGUGAUAUCGCACUGCGUUCGUUGAGUGCGCGUGUGGAACCUGCCAGUGUGCUAGCUUUGCGCAAUGAGAACUGCAACGUCAAACACUCAGUCUCAUGUCCGGCAGGACAUCAAAACCUUCAUUAUCAAAGGUUAAAUUGCAGUAAUUUAAUUUAUUUCUCACAGUAAGGUACAACCAUUUAUCUUUUUGAGUUAUUGGCACGAUAUAACAAAACAAUUGUUGACUGCUGUAAUGUGGGAUAUGUCGUUUUUGACACCCUCAUAGCAUAUCCCACAUCACUAUUAAAGGGCAACGUUGUUGUAUCACAAACGUAACUUUCUCCACGUCUAGAAAUGGCCAUUUUGAGAACCAUUAUAGGUCUGAAAUUUACUAACGUUCUAAAAUAGACCCUUCUGAAACCAUGUCACAUUGGUAGAGUAUUUAACCGUUUCUUUACAAUUGAGAAAAACAUCGUUUUUUUCUCUCCAUUUGUUAAGUUUUUUUUAAGCUUCUCAAGUGAGCUUCAGCCUAAAUCACAGCCAAGGUUUGGAUUGAAAACGGGCAGACGGGGACAUUAGUCAGGCGUCAACUAUGAUUUUUGGGAAUCUAUAUCUUGAAUUACUUCACCUUCUGGGAACCAGACCUGGCUGUUGUGAUCACCCAAUGACAUUGAGUAUGACCGACUCCACCUGCGUUUCCAUGUUUCCAUGUAUCUAUCACCAUGUCUCUGUCCCUAUUUGUCAACAGCCCAACCCUACAUGUUUUCAUAUUCCUGAUUUUGUUUGUU